GUCCGAACUAUAUAUUGUCGGAAACAACUCUCCACCUUCACUUACUGACAGUGGCACAGAGAGCGAGAGAGAGGGAGGAAUAACAUAAACUCUAUUCUGUUCUCUUCGAAGCUCUGAAUCUGUUGUUGUCCAUUUUAACAAAGUGCAGUCAAAAGUGUAUUUAUAAAGAGUUAGUUUUGUAGCAUUCCUGUAAUCUGUAAAUAAGAUCAGUAUGGGUGAGGAAGAACCUGUGACUGAAGUUUCCAAAGCAGAUUCAAAUGGCAAGAGUUUGUUGGAGAAAACUUUAAAUGAAGGGGCAGAAAAGAAGGACUUGGGAACUGAUGGAGGAAAUGUCUUGGAGAAUAAUGGAGUAAAAAGGUUGAAAGGGGCUGAAAUAAAUGGAGCUAAUGAAGAGAAGAGAGCUGAUGGUGUGGAAGAGAUUGAAGGAGAUAAAAAGGUUGGUAGUGCAGAAGAAGCAAAAGAUGACAAGAAAAUUGAAGAAGCAAAGGAUGACAAGAAAGUUGAAGAUGUGAAAGAAGUAAAAAAGGACAAGAAAGAUGAUGAUGUGGAAGAAGAAAACGAGGACAAGAAAGAUGAUGGUGCAGAAGUCGAAGAGGAUAAGGAAGUUAACAGUGUUGAAGAAGUAAAGGAAAAUAAGGAAGUUGUUAGUGUGGAAGAAGGAAAGGAGGAUAAGGAAAUUGAUGGUGUGAAAGAAGUAUCAGAGGUUAAGAAAGAUGAUGAUGGACUUAAACCUGAGAAUGAGAAAACAGAUGCAGAUGAGGUCAAGGAAAGUAAAGAAGAAAAGGAAAAGGUUGAAGCUGAAAAACCAGAAGUGGAUGCAAUGGAAGUAGAUGGUAACACUAAAGACAUGCAGGAGAGUGGGGAAAAGGAAGACAAGGAGAAAAUUGAAGUAGAGCUGGACGGCAACAAGGAAGAGGAGGAUGAGGAUGUGGAUAAUGCUGGAAAGUCAAAAGAAGAAGACAAAGCUGAAGAUAACAAGGAUAAUAAAGGAUCGAAAAAGCGUUCGAGAGGGAAGGUCAAUGGGGAGAAAGUGAAAGAGAAAAAGAAGGAAUUGACGAAGAUAGAGCCAAGGACUCCAACUGUUGAUCGUCCUGUUCGAGAGAGGAAAUCUGUUGAGAGGUUGGUAGCAUCAAUAGAGAAAGAUGCAAACAAAGAAUUCCACAUUGAAAAGGGUCGUGGUACACCUUUAAAAGAUAUACCCAAUGUGGCAUUUAAAUUAUCUAGAAGGAAGACUGAUGAUACUUUCAAGUUGCUCCAUACAAUUCUCUUUGGAAGGAGAGGGAAGGAUUAUGGAAUUGGUGGGCGUCUCUCAUGUUGUGAUCCCCUGUGGUUCUGUCAAAUAAUCCAAAUAUUGUUGCUGCAGGAAAAGCAUAUGAUCAAAGUUAAGGAAAAAUUUGACAAGUGUAACAAAGAAAAACUACUGGAAUUUUGUGAUGUGCUUGACAUAGCAAUUGCCAAGGCAACAACAAGGAAGGAAGAUAUUAUUUCCAAGUUGAUUGACUUCUUAGUUGCUCCUCAUGCAACCACAACUGUGCUACUUGCAGAAAAAGAAAAGGGAAGAAAGCGCAAGCGUGUUGUGAAACGAGGUACUUCAAGGUCUGGGAUAACAACUUCAAGACGUUCUACUAAGAGUCGGAAGAAAAAUGAAGAUUCUUCACCAGCAGAGGAAACAAGGAGUGACACAGAAAAUGAGUCUGAGGAUGAAGAGAAAGACAAAGAAAAUGAGGAGGAAAAUGAAAAUGGUGUUCAUGACAAAUCUGAGGAUGAAACGCCAGAGAAAUCUGAAAGUGAGGAUGAAAGUGAUUCUGCAAGUGAAUCUGAAGAUGAUAAAAAAAGGAAACAAAAUUCAAAAGCAUCAUCCACAAAGAAAGAAUCUGCUACAAAAAGUAAAACUGAGAGCGUUACAGUUACGAAAAAAUCUCGGUCAACACCAAAGAGGACACCUAAGAAAUCAUCAGCCACCACUACCAAGGUUGAUGAUGAGGGCGAUGAAAGUCCAAAGGUCUUUUCAAGAAAGAAGCAAAAUGAUAAGGCUGGAAAGCAGAAGACAUCAACUCCAUCCAAGUCUGCUUCCAAAGAGAAAACAGAAAAAGUUACCAAAGGAAAGGGCAAGAAGAAUCAGAAAAAGAUCCCCACUGAUGAUCAGCUGCGCAAUUCAAUUUGUGAAAUUCUUAAAGAAGUUGAUUUCAAUACGGCCACAUUUACUGAUAUUCUGAAGCAACUUGCCACACGUUUUGAUUUGGAUCUCACACCGAGAAAGGCAUCUAUAAAGAUCAUGAUUCAAGAGGAGCUGACAAAGCUAGCUGAUGAAGCAGACGAAGAAGAUGAAGAGGAUGCUGAGAAAGGGGAAACCCAACCUACUGGCCAGGAAGUUGAAACCUGAGUAAGGAUUAGCCUUGACUUCUUGGAGAUAGGUUUAGCAAUGUAUACUUUUAACCCCCAUCAUGCUACAUAAGUACACUUUGCCUUUUGCCAAGUAAAAGUGGCUGUAACUUAUUCUUGGCAUCCAUGGAAUCACAAGAAGAGGAGAAACUAGUAUUUGUGAAAAUUUAGUAGAAACAUUUGGUGGCUGCCAGUGAGGCAACCCUUUGUGUACGCAACAGAAUCUGUAGGGUUUUAGUACUAUCCGUGAAUAUUUACUGACCAAACAUUAGCUUCAACAGUCUGUGUAGUUCAAUAAACACUUAGACCUGUGAAGCUGUCACCUUUCUGUGCAUGAUAAACUUUUGCUGCUGUUGGGUUAUUCCCCUCGCUACUCUUCUGCUUUUACUUUAUGUCAUCUUAUUUAAGGGAAAGUUCAAUUAACUCCUCUGAACUUUGAUUUA